GAUCCAAGCGAUACUGCCUCAAAAACAUGGCUAGGUAGCCCAUUCCAUACCUUCACCACUCUCUGUGUGAAGAAGUGUUUCCUUUCCUCUGUCCUAAGUCAAUCGCCAUUUAAUUUCCAACUGUGUCCUCUGGUCUAAAUAGGGUAUAUUUGUCAACAGAAGCUAUUGGUAUCACCAGAUCCAAAAAUCAGAAGCUACUGGACGCAGAUAGCAAAGCAGAGGCUACUUGAGAUUGCAAGCUGCCGAAUGACACACACUUGAAGAGGAAAACCCAAACAGUAGAACAGGUUAGACAGCAGCACUUUACUUUAGCCUGUAGGUUAUCGGUAUGGUAACACAAAAUAAAUGAUUUGAGCGUUUUUUUAAUUAUUAUUGUUAACUUAACACAAAAUAGAUCAUGGUGCCGCAUUGACAAGUUAUGAUGCUUACAGGAGGACAAUCAAGUCUUGUUAAUACGAAUUUCAAGGGACCAGCAACAAGUGUUGCAUUAUACCAUUAUAUAUUAUUAUCAUGAGCAGCCUAUAAGCCAAAUGUAUACUGUUUGUUUUUAUUUAAGUUAGUCAGUGGUGCAGUGCUAAAUUGUGCACAAUUACAAACCACCUGCACAUUAACAGAAUAGGUGUGUUUGCUAUUCCUAUAGAGAUGCUCAGAAUGAGCUGGAGGGGUUAGCGGCACAUGUGUGCAGUCUAUCGCUCCCAACACGUUGGGGGAAACCAGAAAUAUCAUAGAAAUUUGUUUUCCAGGCUUGUAAGUACACCCUGCUUUGAGGGGGAAAAAAAAUUGUUUUUUGACUGUUCGUCUCAAAAAUGUAUUGAGCAGAGCUGGCAAUGCACUAGAAAAGGCGGACUGGGAAAUGCCAGCAACAAUUGCGACUGUUUAAAACAUGCUUUCAAAAGUUCUUAAAAAAUGGAUGCAAUUGUAAGUGACGCAAUUCUGCAGCUUUCGUACAUCUCAUUAGAAUAUUUGAGAACCCUGAUUUGCCACCCCUAUUUGUGAAUUUAUUUACAAUCUGUGUGUACAGCAAUCGUCAUGGUGAUGCCUCUUUUGAUGGUGGGUGAUAUAUCACUUGGACUGGAGGACACAGUUGGAAAUGAAGUAGAAAAAACUGGACAGAGCGAAGGAGACGCUUCUUCACGCAGAGUGGAUCACCACUUCUCCACUGACGCAUGUGCUUUCCUCUGUGAUGAAGCCCAGGAGGAAGUGAGGGCCUGACUCAGGUUGCCAUGGGAGACGGUGGAAUUCUCCAGACGGAGGGGAAUGCCCUUCUGAAGGCCGUGUUCCAGGGCAAACUGAGGCUAACCAGGUUGCUGCUGGAAGGAGGGGCCUACAUCAAUGAGGGCAAUGAACGAGGAGAGACCCCAAUCGUGGCCGCUUGCCUGGCAGGCUAUGAGGACCCCCAAAGCCGGCAGAAGAUGGUAAAGUACCUGCUUGAGAAGGGGGCAGACCCCAACAUCCCAGACAAAUCCGGACAGACAGCUUUGAUGCACGCCUGUGCGGAGCAGUCCGGUAAGGAGGUGGUGUCCAUGCUGCUUGAGUAUGGUGCCGAUCCCAGCAUGAAAGACUACUCUGGGUCUUCAGCACUGGUGUACGCUAUUAAUAAGGGCGAUCGAGACACUCUGCAAGUCCUACUGGAUGCCUGCAAGGCUAAAGGCAAGGAGGUGAUCAUCAUAACUACAGACACUUCGCCCUCAGGUACCAAAAAGACCAAGCAGUACCUCAACUCUCCGCCUUCUCCUGGAGUUGAAGAUAAGCUCUCUCCCACCUCCUGCAUGUCCCCCUCUGACGUGGAAAUCCGAACUUAUGCGUCCCCAGGGAGUGAGGAGAAGGAGAAGGAAGACAUCUUCAGCUUUUCUCUUAACUCUGCCCUCCCCUUGCCGUCUGCUCGCCCGCCAGGGGAGAAAAGGGCUGUGCCUCCAAGGAAGCACCUCAAAAGGCUCAAUUCAGAGCCCUGGGGUCUAGUAGCUCCUUCAGUGUUGAGCAAGGCAAACCAGGAGCAGCAGCAGCAGCUGCCUGGCACUUUGAGAGAUGAGGAGAAUGUUAUCUCGGAGCUAAACGGCAUGAGCAUCUCCGGUCGCCCCAUCCUUUCCAGGCGGCACAGCAUUGAAACCCACGACCCUUCCUCGCCAAAACCCAUAGAUCGUUCUUGUUCUGAAGAUUCUGCCGUCCUUCACGGAUCCUCGUGGGCGGAUAAGGUCCAGCAGCACCAGCUGCUUUACAGGAGAAACACGGCGCCAGAAUCUCAGGAGACCAGCUCCACCACAUCUGGUGUUGUACCAGCCAAUGUCCGCCCACUGGCGCACCCCAGACUCACCCGGAUGGAUCACUACGAGUCUGAUACGCACUUGUGCCCGGAAUCCAUCCCCGGAUCACCCGAUUCCGGACGUGUUUCCGUGGAACGCCGUAAGUACAACACAUCCCCCCUCUCCCUGCUCACAAGCUCCUCCCGGGAAUCCCUGGAGAGCAUUCCCAAUUCUGUAUCUCCCAUCACAGUACGACGCAGACCCCAGGGGCUUCUGGAACGAAGGGGGUCCGGCACACUGCUGCUAGACCGCAUUUCUCACACCCGUCCGGGAUUCCUGCCCCCUCUCAAUGUCAACCAUCACCGCCCCAUCCCUGACAUCCGAGCCAAUGGGAAGCCCCCCUCCCCAGUCCACUCCAGUCAUAAAAUCCUGGUGCCGGUGGCCCCCAGCUCCCCGAAACGGGAGCCCAGGCACAAGAAGAAGCUGCUGAGGCGUCACUCUAUGCAGACGGAGCAGAUGAAGCAGCUCUCCAACUUCCAGGACAUCCUGGCAGAGAAGAUGAUCGAGUUCACCGGGGACUGAGGGUGUCGGCAUUCACAACAAAAGGAAAGAGCAGGAAGGGAAAGAUAUCCAGAUUAUGCGAUGGAAGAUGGGCCAAAUUUAAUAAAAGCAAAAAUGAAUACAAUACAAUGACUUAAAUAUAUUGAAGCUGUGCGUCCUUUUCAUCUCAUUUUCCAUCAGUAUCCUGGACACAGUCACUGUCAUUGUUUUUCAAAUUCUAAACAAAUUCCACUUAAUCCACAUUUGAUUUAUU